UCACCGAGAUCUCUUGGAUCACGACAGGAAGAGUCGCCGCCGUGUCUUUUAUUCCUACUCAAAGGAAACAUAUCUCCGCUAGUCAGAGUUUGUAUCGAACUCCCGAAAACCGCGUGGCUGUCUCCAAGCGCCACACCGCGUCUCCAUUCGCCGGCCGAGCGUCGCGUCACGCGUCAGUCUCACACUACCGACGCCUCUCGUCGCACGCGUCCCGUCAGUCACUCAAUCGCGUCUCUCUUGUCAUGUCAUCUGUAGGACCUUUGAUCCUGCUUAAAGUCUUGUAGGCCUGUCAGGUCUGGUUGCCCGGAUACCGGACGGAGUCAGGACCUGUCAUGUCAUGUCACCCGUCAAAAUGACAGAUCGGUGCGCGGGGGUGUCCGCCGGUGGCCUCGUUCCGGUUUGAAAACUGUUAUGACGCUGCUUUGAACUUUUAAGUGCUGUCUCUUUGCUGCAGUGCGGUGUCGUGGUGCGUGACAUCAGAUGAUUUACUCAGUGCCUUCUUUCAUGAACUUGUUGUGCGGCUGUGAUAUCUGACCAAAAAGUAGAUGGAAAUUCUGCCGAGAAAGACAGGCAUGGCCCUGCCAUUGAGUUGUUCGCAACGAGUGAAGGACGAUCUGAUAGACCCUUUGACCUCGAAAGUGGCCACAAACCUGCUGGCACCUGUCAAAACGGAACGCCAGAUCCUGGAGAACUCGAUGUUGGAAGAUGACCCCAAUGGCAACUGCACGGUGUCAGCACAGGAGACGUCUGGCCCUAGAUGGGGCCCCCAGCACAAGGGGGCUCAGGAACUGGCCAAUCUGUACAGCAAGACGAAACGCACCCAAGAGUGCGUGUGCGUCGGCAUUUGUCUCACUUUGAUGGCUGUGAAUUUCGUGUUCAUCCUUCUCUACAUAAGACUGGAGCAGCUCAGCACGGUUCUGGUAGCGGCAAUCUGCGGCAUCAUCACGGCGGAUUUCGCUUCUGGACUGGUGCAUUGGGCUGCGGACACUUGGGGCACUGUCGAGCUGCCUAUUAUAGGUAAAAACUUCUUGCGACCAUUCCGUGAACACCACAUCGACCCAACGUCGAUCACCCGCCAUGACUUCAUCGAGACCAACGGCGAUAACUUCAUGGUGACCAUUCCUUUCCUCACCUACAUGGUGUGGCACUUCAUCGUUUCCUCCAAGGAAGAGAUACAUAGACAUUUCUCCUGGACUUGUUACGUAUUCUUGCUGGCCAUUUUCGUAGCUAUGACCAACCAGAUACACAAGUGGUCACAUACCUAUUUUGGCUUACCACCUUGGGUGGUGUUUCUUCAGGAAUAUCGGGUCAUACUUCCCAGGAGACACCACCGUAUCCACCACGUAGCUCCACACGAGACCUAUUUCUGCAUAACCACUGGGUGGUUGAAUUGGCCGUUGGAGAAGCUCUGCUUCUGGAGCGCUUUGGAAGUAAUCAUUGAAGCUUUAACGGGCUACAAACCCAGGGCGGACGACAUGAAAUGGGCUCAGAAAGGGACGUGACAGUGUGACUGAUGUGCUUAAGGCUGUGCCAGGAUCUACCAAAGUGAUAUUUUUAGGCUAUAAUGGAGGAUACUGCUGCAGAAGGAGGUUCCUCAUUGAAACGAUGAUACAAUUUCAAAGUUGCUGGCAAUAUUUCCAUGUCAAAAUUACGUCAAGAAACACGGUAGGUUCGUAUAAGCGUGGAUCCUUACGGGGUGUCAAAGGCGCCGCCAGGUUAGGACACUGAAGAUUAAAAUCCCAUAAGAAAAUGGACGGAGUAGCACCCAAACCAAAACAACUAAACGCAAGGUACAUUGGACUUUAUACUGUUCUUAUCACAAUCACCAUACUACACGUGUAAAAUUUGAUGUGCUAUAAUUUAUACAUUUCUGAUUGCGGGGUGUUGUUCAUGGAAUCGGGUAAAAAUUAGAUAUAUGUAUGUAGCAGAUGAAGGUAUUGGAUCCAAAUGUAGAUAUUUCACAAAAAUAUUUCCCACCUAAGAAGCUAUAGAAGGAGCGCAGAAACGGGGAUAAUUUAUCAUACAGAAAAAAAUAUACGUUGUGCGCCUCUGACACUACUCAAUCUCAUGUAAAUUGCCUCUCUUGAAAAAUGUUUGUCAAAUCAAGUCUGGAGAAAAUUUGAAGUGAAAUCGCGCAAACCAAAUGGAAAAAAUCGAAAUAUGCUAAUUGUAUAAAUUAUGAAAGUAACACAACUCUGCAAUAGAGCCAAUAGUGUGGAAGAUUACAUCCUGUCAGCAAGAGAAAAUUUUCAGACCUAAGCUUAUACGAGUCUUCGUGUUACUCGAUGUACUUUCUGCCAAAGAAUUUGUAUAGCUAACAAAAAAUAAACGAUGCCUUCUUUGUUAACUCCUCAACUGUUACUUUUAUUACAGUUCUUUUACGAGGGCGGUCCGAUAAGUACCUAUACUCAACACCCGGUGGCGCCAUUACCGGCAGAGACCGCUGCGGUCAAAAUUUCAACUGCGGUAAUGUUGUUUUGACCGCAUGUGUAAGCAGGCGUGUCAGCGGAUUUUUUAAAAAUAUCGGUCGGUGAUUCGAAAAUCACGCAGCGAAAUCGAAGAGCGCUUGGAUGCCGUGUACGAUGAGGCUUCUCCUUCGAUGGCGACCGUCCAAAAUUGGUUUAACGAGCUGCUGAUGAGCCACGCCCAGGUGCCCCGAAAACGGCUACGACGGAGGUUAACAUCACAAAAAUCUGUUUGCGCGAUGGGUGCCGCGUUUGCGUAACACCGCUUCAGAGCAGUGUUUAACGCUGUUUAAGUGCAAUCCAAUGGAGUUUCUGCGUCAUUUCGUGACCGUAGACGAGUCAUGGAUCCACUGGUACACAUCAGAGGCUAAGAACCAGUUGAGACAGUGGAUUUCAUCCGACGAACGUGUUCCGAAGAAGGCGAAGACUACCCUAUCGAUCGGGAAGGAGAUGGCUACCGUUUUCUGGGAUUCGCAAGGUGUGAUUUACAUGUACUACCUGAAGAAGUGCAAAACAGUCACAAUUUCUGCCAAAUUUUCUUUUUUGUUUUGUUGUCUAUGUACUUCGCGGACUGCCCUCGUAUAACAUAGCAGCCAUGAGAAUUUUUUGACUGAAUCCGAAAGCGCUAUUGAGUAUAGUUUUCUCUAAUACUAUGAGAGCUUUCUUUCUGCAGUGGCUAUGUGGACCAAUAUGACGGUUUGACGUUAAGAAUGCUUCUUUUCUAUAUGUGAUUUUUAUCAGUAAAUAUUGCAAAGAUCAAAGCUGUUUCAAUAAUUACUAUCAGAUAUUUUAUACAUUGAAAAAUAUACGAUGUUUGCAAACAACGAUUCUAUAAGAACUUGCUGGAGGAUCCGGUGACAGAAGCUUAUGCUUUCAAAUUGAAGUUUGAAUAUUGUAUGAGUUCGACUCCAGUAGGGAAAAGGUAAGUAAGGAAAAUCCUAUUUAUUAGAUGAUUAAAUAUAGACAGCUGCAGGUAUAUGCCUCGAAUGGCUAUAAAGCAGGAUAUUAAUCCUUUAUUUUAUGCAGUAUAGCGUAAGGGUUUAUAGCUAUCUGCAAACAUCCAGGGAGAAAAUUCAUUACUUAACUGAGCACGUAAAUGUAACCUAUCAACACAUACAAUGAAAAUAAUUAUUUAUGCUUCUAAAGUGGGUCUGCGGCCGCAGGCUCUAACACGUCAAAUAAUAACGGGUAAUUUUUUAAGAGGUAUAGGAUUUGAUUUUCAAAAAAACACAAAAAAUUUGAAAAAACGAUUAAAUCUUUAUUUGAGUCGAUAGAACGGUCGAUAUAAUUUAAUGUUUACAGAUUAUUUCAUGUAAAUGUUGGGCGCGGCUCCGCUUUAGAUGGCCCAUGCGCAAGGUCCAAUUUUGGCACACUCUCUCCAACAUAUCGGCCGGUAUCUCACGAAUAAAUGCUUCAAUAUUGGCUUUCAGUGCAUCAAUCGUUGCUGGUUUAUCCCUGUAGACAUUAGCCUUAACAUGGCCCCACAAGAAAUAGUCCAACGGCGUUAAAUCACACGAUCUAGGCGGCCAAUUGACGGGCCUCAAACGUGAGAUAAACUGUUCACCGAACUCGCCUCUCAAUAGGGCCAUUGUUUCGUGUGCGGUGUGGCAUGUGGCACCGUCUUGUUGAAACCACAUGUCAGCCAAGUCCAGCUCUUCCAUUUUGGGCAAAAAAAGUUUGUUAUCAUCGCACGGUAGCGUUCGCCAUUCACAGUUACGUUCCCGCCAUUGUCGUCUUUGAAGAAGUACGGCCCGAUGAUGCCACCGGCCCAUAAUCCACA